GAGUGAGGACAUGGCGGUGUGUGUCGCAGACUUCGGCCUCUCCAAGAAGAUCUACAGCGGAGAUUACUACAGACAGGGCUCGGUCUCCAAGCUGCCGGUGAAGUGGAUCGCUCUGGAGAGUCUCGCCGACAACGUGUACACCACACAGAGCGACGUGUGGGCGUUUGGCGUGACGAUGUGGGAGAUCAUGACUCGUGGUCAGACGCCGUACCCCGGCGUGGAGAACUCUGAGAUCUACGAGUACCUGAUCAAAGGAGAGCGACUGAAGAAACCUCCGGACUGCAGAGACGACAUGUGAGUCUAAUACAUGGGC